CAAAUACUUGCAAAUACACAGAGCAAGAGAAAUCAUACAGCUCUAUAGCUUCCUAGUUUAUUUCUCUUUCUUUGAGUUUCAAUAUCUCCAGAGAGAGAAAGAGAGGGGGAGAGGCUAGCUAGCUACCAUGACUUCAUCAAGUGCUCACAGUCCUUUGGUUAUUGCCUUUGGCAUUCUAGGUAACGUUGUCUCGUUCGUGGUUUUUCUAGCUCCAGCGCCGACGUUUUGGAGGAUAUUUAAGAAGAAAUCAACAGAAGGGUUUCAAUCAGUUCCAUAUGUGUUUGCACUAUUCAGUGCAAUGAUUUGGAUAUACUAUGCAUUUCUCAAGUCUGAUGAGUUCCUUCUCAUCACCAUCAAUGCCUUUGGUUGUAUCAUUGAGACCAUUUACAUCUCAAUGUACAUUACUUAUGCACCUAAGCAAGCUAGGGUGUUUGCUUUGAGGCUGCUUCUUCUGGUGAAUUUUGGUGGGUUUUGCUUGAUUCUUCUUCUGUCUCACUUCUUGGCACAAGGGCCCACCCGCGUUGAAGUUCUUGGAUGGGUUUGUGUAGCUUUCUCUGUCAGUGUCUUUGCAGCACCUCUAAGCAUCAUGAGGGUGGUUAUCCGAACCAAGAGCGUCGAGUUCAUGCCUUUUUCUUUAUCCUUCUUCCUCACCCUCAGUGCUGUUAUGUGGCUCUUCUAUGGUUUGCUCCUCAAGGAUCUCUACGUUGCGUGCCCAAACAUACUUGGAUUCACCUUCGGUGUGGCUCAGAUGAUACUCUACGCAAUCUACAGGAACAAGAAGACAGUUCUUGUGGAGGACCAGAAGCUCCCAGAGCACAAGGGUGAUGUUGUGAAGCAGAUCCAAAUUUUGAGUACAACUCCUGAGGUGGAGAUACAAGUACAAGCAGUAGCUGUAAGCUCCCAUGUCAAUACUGAGAAUGAAAAUUGUGAGCAAACAAAGGAUCAAUAUGUGCAUCCUCAAACAUGUAACACUGAGAAAAUCCUCGGACCCUCUAUGCCAAGCCAAAUGGUUACAUGCGAAGUUUGAACUCUUUUCCGCUACGUGACUUCUCCUGCGCUUGUGUACUUGAGCUCUCUAAUAUCGUACAUGUUAUGUAACAUAUUGGAUGGUGUACAUAUGUACCCUUUCGUUUUUCCAGAUGUUUAAAUUCCUUAAAUUAUGUAAGCCGCAUGAGGCUGGUUCAUAGACUAUAUAGCCUCUUGCCCUGGUACGUAUAUAAUUACUGACACCUCGGAGGGCAUAAUGGUCUUGAACAGUACUUAAUUAUGUAUGUAUCUUUCUUUUAAUGAAAUAAAAUUUGGUGUUUGUGAAA